CCUGAGGCCACAUAAAUGUCUCUGGCUUCGGCGAGAAUGACCUUCUGUUCAUGUCCCCGCAGGCCUGGCCACCGGCAAAUACGAACGGUCUCUUUAGUUUCAUUGCAUCCUCUGUCGGACUGAUCACACCCUCACGAUCCCAAACGAAGAACAUUAACAUGCCGCCUCGAAAGAACCCCGCAAAUUCCCCGACCACCUCAAAUAAGCCCAACAAACGAGACGAUAAGACAAAUCCGACGUCGCAGUCGAAGGCCGAACCGGCACCAUCAUCUACCGACAUGUCAAACAGGUACAGCACGGCAAGCACGAUGAGUACUAUAACUACGCUCGCAGCGGCGGAAAUCGUCGAAGACGCGAAGAAGUCGCUGGAUCGCUUGGGCGAAUCAUACGACGACUUCGCGGACCAGAUGACUACGAUCGCCCAGCUAGGCGCGGAACUGGAGGCAGCGGAGAUGACGAACAGACUGCGGAAGAUGAUGGACGCGGAAGACGAAAGACUCGACAAAGAGUUUGCCGGAAUCCGAGCGCUUCAAACCGAGGUUCUCCAGAAGGAUGUCGUUGAACACCUCAAGAUAGCUGUCGGGCAGGGCGUAUCUGACCUGAUCGACGAGCUCGUCGCGGAGCAAGUCAAAGCGUUGCUCCCUCAGCAUAUUCGGCCGGAAUUGCUUGCUGAACUCGCUCGCCAUAAGCAGGAACUAGCAGAGGUAGAGAGAGACCUACAUAACUCGGAAAGUCGGCGCAUGAAUGCACAGAUACGGACAGGAGGUCUGUCCGAUCCUCUUCGCAUCAUCCUCAAGGACGACGGGACGGUCAGCAAGGACUUCCCGAAAGACCUACAGACUUUGUUGGGAAUGAAAGACAAGUCUAUCGAAUCGCUGAUGAAGGAGUACCACCUUACCGACAUUUCCAAGUCGCAAGACACAAAUGUCAAUCGCCUCAUGCGUUUCUUGGGGCUGUCAUACCAACUGGUGCGCAGCCCCAUAUCAUCUCCCCGCCCUCGCACUUAGCCUUGACCUCCAUGGCAUCCGUGUACCCUCCACCGCCGGUCUCGCAUUCGCUUCCAUCUCCGUCGUCGAUACCUAUCAUAGGUCCCGACGAGCGCAGGCGGGAACGUUCUGGCGAAGAUCAGCGCGCGUCGAGGGUGAUGUAGUUUCUGGCAGGUUAUCGCUGUCGCGUUCAGGUCUCUGUAGGAUAGUUUCGCCCACGCUAGCAUUCAUCACAAUCAUCAAUCUCAUUCACGGAGACGGCUAUUUGACUGAUUCAAGGUAGAUCGACAGGCUAUACAGUAUUGUCAUUGUACGGACAACCUGGCUUGUCUGACGAUUCACUUGUUCGACGUCAUGUCUAUACUGACUCAAUUGCGCGCC